AGAACUGAGAGACAAAUUUAUUUCUCUCUGGGAUAACUGGAUUUCUGAAGUCUCCUCUGCUGUUCCCCGUCUGGAAAAGGUCGAUAUCGAUCUGGAGAAAGAAGGAGUCCUUCUAGAUCACUUUAAGGAGCCAAAAUUGCAUGAAAGAAUCAGCAUACUUCCCAGAUGCAAAGAAUUUUCUGUUGACUGUGAGAAACAUGUCGCUAAGAAAAAAAGGUUUGGGAUCUUGAGUAUCGAUGAUGUCGAAAACAGCACAAUACACCGCAUUACAGAGAACAUCAAAGGCUACUGGAAGGCAAACGUUGAGAAGAAGGAAAAAGUGAAAAAGGAUUGCGACCAAAGUUUUAUCCGUGAAAUACGAAACAAAGUACAGAAAGGUAUAAACUCUGUCCCUGACAGUGCAAAUUACAGUUUUAACAAAGAUUCCGCGAUAGAUUCGUCGCUGUAUCUCUGCGGAAUAGCCGCAGAGAGGUUUAAAGCCAUGCACUCGGCAUUCAGGAAAGCAAAUCAUCCCGCUGUCUACCUGGAGAGCAAGAGAGAAGAUUUCUUUACCUGUUUCCAGAUUUCCUGCCAAGGAGCCACUUCUGUCACAACAUUUGCCAUUUUCCUGUGUGACAAGAUUGCCCCAGCUCUCCGGCAGGCGGUCUAUGAGAGGACAGCUCUUGCCAUAGCUCGAGACAUGAAGGCUAAAGUCCCAGAUUUCAGGGGCAACAGGGCCUCCCUGGAAGUUUGCCUGCUGAGGUACCUGGCAGAAGAAGAAAACUUUUGGUUUUUCAAGAUGUACCUUGAUAGCCCACGUGAUUUCUUACAGAGUUACAUUUGGAAGUGUGUUGAGGAGUUCUGCUCUGAGAACAGGAGGCUGGAGACGUUUUUAGAGGACUCCCUCACCCUCUGCUACGAAUGCAUCCUCUCAGCUGUUUCUGCAUCAACCAAGGUUGUCAAAGACCGAAUAGACAGAAAUGACAAAAUCUCUCUUUGGCUGGAUGCAUUUUGCCAGGAACUUGGAGAGGUGCUAAGCUUGCCCAGAAGGGACCUGAAGGGCAUCGAGCACCAGGAGGUAACAGACAUAGAGUUCCUGAAUAACGCCAUGACAGAAUCGCUGUCUGCCAUGAAGGACCAGCUCAAGAAGGAGCUCGCUACGGCUGACAUGAGCUCCCUUGAAAGGCAGCCUCACGAAAUCCUGGCGGAGCAGUUUUCGGGGUGCUGGGAGCAGUGUCCCUUUUGUGGGGCUCUCUGCACAAACACCAUGCCGAACCAUGAUGGGGACCACCAGCUCCUCUUCCAUCGGCCACAAGUUUUGGGGGGAUACAAGUGGGAUAAGACGGACGAUCUAUCCAUCAAUAUUUGCUCUAGUCUCGUCACAAGUAACUGUUCAUUCAGGAUCGGUGGAGACAAAUGGAUGCCCUACAAGAGAUACCGGGAUGCAGGACCUCCUUUUUCCACUUGGAAGAUUCUUCCUGAUACAUCCAUACAAGCGUACUGGAAAUGGUUUGUGUCUCAUUUCCGGGCAGACCUAGAAAGAUUUUAUGAUGGGAAAUUUCAAGGCAAAGGAGCAAUCCCUGAUUCGUGGCAGAGUAUAACAAAGCAGCAAGCACUUGACGAGCUGGAGAAGCAUUAGGUCGGGUCGAUAUGAAGGAAGAACCACAACCUCUGCGUUUUAGAAGAAUGUGGUACAAGUCUAUCCACAAAAUAUUGUUAUCAUGACUGCAACCAAAACCACACUAAGAAAAUGAUGUUUAAUUGCUCACAAAGUUGAGUGAAAUAAGCUUCCUCAGCAGCCAUCGGUGGUGUGUGACGUUAGCGUUGGUGCCAUCAGGACAGGCUGCUGGCAACAGAGCCAUGGUCUGGAGAACAUGGAACCAGCUGGGACGGCACCACUGAGGUGGUCGGUGGCCUUUGCUGCUGGAAAUCCAAGAGCCAAACCCUCCCGUAGAGUUGCUACAGUGGCGAUUCCAGAAUAAUCCCUUGCAGUCUUUGCUAAUAAAGUAGUUGAGUGGGA